AUGGAGAUAGUGAAGUUCGAGCCGGAUUCAAAAGAAAUAGAAAGGAGAAAAGACAUAAAGCCUUUUGGAGACACAAGUAAGAUAAGGGUGAUCAAAAGCACAACGGCACCGAGGUUUAAUCUUUAUACAACAGAAAUAGAUGUUGAGUACAGGGAAGAGGAGCAGAAGCAGUGUGCACCCUAUAGGCCUUCCUUAGAGGAGCCUACUGCAUCCAAUGCCUAUGUCCCUCCUACAAUCAAGCGUCCUGAAACAUGUAGUGUCAAGCUCUCUAACCUUCCUUUGGAUAUGACAAGAGACAGGCUGUACUCGAUUAUCAAAGAGCACACAAAUGUCUUUUUUAUGAGUCCAAACCUUGUCAUGAACAGGGAAACAGGCUUGUUCAGAGGCUUUGCGUUUGUGACCCUGGAGUCAAAGGACGACGCCAUGAAGUUCAUCAAAGACCUCCGAGGGAUUGCAAUUGAUAGUUUAGGGCUCUCUGUGGAAAUAGCUAGAUAA